AUGUAAUAGAAAUAUAAUACAAUUUGUGAAUUGCCCAAAAGACCUAAAAGAGGAGAGAAUCUAACCUAAGAUUUUAAGAGAAAAAUUGUUGAGUCAAAUCAUUUUGAAAUUCAAUUCUUGAAGGAUGUAUUUCUUAACAUUUACAGUUUUGCUUUUUAACCUGAAGUUUCUUUGGAUUCAGAAAAGUUAAUUAAAGAGAGGUUUAAUUUAUAUAGAGAUGAAAUUAAUAAACAAGGAAUCAAAAGGUUUUGUAUAGCAGGAACAAACUUGUGGAGUUAUGAUUAAAAGAAAGAUCCUAUUCAUAUAGAAAAAGUAGUAAAUGGAUAAAAAAAGAUAAUAGAUAUUAAAUAUAUUAAGACAAUUAAUUUAAAAUAGAUUACCUAGUUUGAUGAUUAAUAAUCAAUAAAUGUAACAAAAUAAGCUAUCAAUGCUAUACUUAAGUAAAUUUAUGAAUCUAGAAAUAUGAAAGAGUUGUUUGGAAAAGGAAAAUUUUAUGAAUCAAAAAUGAAUGAUACUUAGGAACUCGAAGAUUAUCACAUUGCCUAUUUAAAAGGGUUCAGAAGUGCAUUUUGUAAUGGUCAAUCAACUCCUUUACUAUAAAUAGAUUAUAGCACUAAAUUAAUAAAUACGAAUACAAUUUUGGAUUUUAUUUCAGGUUUUGGAUAGGGAUUGUAAAAGGAGAAAAGAUUAAAAAAAUUAAAACAGGAAUUGAUAGACUCAUCAGGAUAUGCUAUGUAUUCAAAAAGAUUCUAUAGAAUUCAUGAUAUAGAUUAUUCUAGAAAUCCGAAAUCUUUAAUGGAAGAUGGAAAAACUACAUACUGUUAAUAUUAUUUGUAAAGAUAUAAGAUUAAGAUAAGGGAUUUAUACUAACCCUUAUUAGUUCAUUACACUAAAAAAGGAUAGGAAAUAAGAUUAAUACCUGAAUUAAUGUGGAAAACUGGUUUAACAGAUCAGUAAAAAAAUAAUAAUUAACUCAAAAAAAUCCUAAAACCUAUAGUAAUAGUAGAUCCAAAAGAUAGAUAAUAGAAGAUUAUCAAGGAGAGAAGUUAAUUAGAAGAAUUAAUGAAAAAAUAAAGUAUAAUAUUGAAAUCUAAUUCUACAACACAAGCAUAUGAAAUAAGAAGUCCAGAAAUAAAUUGUAAAGGAGAAAUAAAAAGUUAUUCUGGUGGAUGCUUUGAAAUAAAAGAUAAGUUUUAUGAAUAAACAGAUUUAAACAAUUGGGUUGUAAUAUAUAAUGAUUAAGAUUCAGACCUUGCUGGCACUCUUAUAAAUUAAUUACUUAGAAAAGGACAAAAUUAUGGUUUAAAUUUAUCAAAACCUACCCAUUUAGUAGUUGACAGUUAUAAUAGUCAAGAAUGGGUAUUCUGUCUGUAAUAAAAUUUUGAAGCGAAUGGAAGGCCAAAAUUAGUAAUUUCAUUAAUUGAUCAAAAAAAGGAUAAACAAAUUUAUUAAGAAUUAAAAAAAUAUUUAAUUGCAGAGGAAGGAGUAUCUCAUUAAAAUAUCACAUUAUAAUUGAUUCAGAACCAAAAAUUUUGUGCAAUAGUUCCUAAGAUAAUCUUAUAAAUACAUAGUAAAUUAGGGAAAUAACCAUGGAAUAUUUAAAAAAUAAAUGAAAUAUCCAAUAAUAUUAUGAUUGUGGGAAUUGAUGUUUAUCAUAAAACCGUUAAAGGAGAUGAUUCUUGUGUCGGAUUUAAUGCUUAAUUUGGCUAAUAAGGUUAUGGAAAUUUCACAAAAACUUUAAUUGUAGAUAAAGGAAAAGAAAUAAAUAGAGAUGUUGCAAUGUUAUUAGAAGAAAGUCUAAAAGAAUAUUAGAAUUUUAAUAAUAAAAAGUUACCUGAUACAAUUGUAGUAUUUAGAGAUGGAGUAGGUAAUUCACAAAUAAAUAAAUUAUAUUAAGAGGAAGUAGAAACUAUGAAAGAAAUUAUUAAGCAUAAAUAUAAUUAAAAAUUACCAUAAUUUACAUUUAUAAUGGUGAAUAAGAGAAUAAAUGAUAGAUUCUUUUCAAAUACAAAAGAUAAUUAUGGAUUGAUUGUUGCAGAUAGAGUAGUCUCAUCUCAUUUUGAUUAUUUCUUGAUUGCAUAAUAAGUUAAUUAAGGAACUGCUACUCCAACACAUUAUACAGUUUUGGAAAAUACAACAAAUUGGAAUGAAGAAUUAUUUUGGAAAUUCACAUAUUAUUAAUGUUAUAAUUACAGAAAUUGGUGUGGACCAGUUAAAAUACCAGCUUGUGUUUAGAAUGCCCAUACUGCUGCAUACAGAAUUGGGGAAAUUAUCAAAACACAUGCUAAUUAUUACUUAGAAACAAAAUUAUUUUAUUUAUGA